AUGUUUUGUGAUGGAGGGUCGUCUCCUACGGCUGAAGAUGACGGGCUGGCUUGGAUUGAUGAGGAUGCUUCGACUGAGGCUGUAGAGCCUGUCGCUGAGGAUGGGGAUCUUGGGACGUCUUUUGGGCUGGACGGGAUUAAUGAUUUUGAGAUACUGGAUGAUGAGACCGCAGAGAUUCUGAGGGAUGCCGAACCGAACUCCGGCGAGGCAUCCGAUGAUGCUAACAAGCGGUUGUGCGAAGCCUACAGGCGGCUUUACACAAAGCAUGGCCAGCGUAUGGCCUUGAAAAAUCUGAGGAAUACAAUGAUGCCCCUCUCAAGGCUAAUUGCUUGGAUAGCUUGCAAGAGCUUGUCCCAAUAUACCACGAUGAGGACUAUCGUCCAGUUUGCUGCUCGGAAGCCCUUUUCAUAUACGGAUUGUGCAAGUGGGGAGUGGCGGGAGGUGGAGACAUUCUUGUGCGCUCGGCUUAUUGUUGCUGUUUACUCGGACGCCUCGCCCGAUAUCUUUAAGUGGUCCAAGUUGAAGUUCCUCGAGGACCCUGACAAUCAGGAGUUGGUCGACCAGACCGUAAGGGAUUGGAAGGAGGCGGUAUUUGACCACUUCGCUUUUCACGAGCUCGCACCACCUGUGCAUAUUGCCCUCAUCUCGGAUACUCGCCAUUGUCGAGGAAACAAUUUCCUCCUCGUUUUCCGGGCCGUUGAUCACGCCGUUUCCGCCAGGUCUGACUCUUUGGAGAUUGGCGACUGCCUUCUGCGUAUCACUGCAGUUGUCAAUCGGAGGAUGAGACUGAGGCUUGGUGGGGGCCUAGUCAUGCCUGAUCUCUUGUCGACUGCUGCUCAAGCGUCUCUUGCUGCGAAAGACGAGACCGCCGACCUGUUUGACUACCUUAUAGACAACGUGUCCCCCUACGAAUAUUUAUGUGAAGGGGGGAUCAGGGUGAUGCAAGAGAAGGCUGUGCGGGUUUUGCAUUGUGAUCCUGCACUAACGGCGGACAUGGUCGCCCAAUACUUCGUGGAGACUGCAGGCGUUCGUCCCGCUCGAGUGCUGCGGGACUCGAAGUUCAAGCAAACGCAGCCUGGCUUCGUCACCUGGAUUGCUGACUUUGCUCAGUCAGGGGCUGACUGCGAGGAUCAGUUUCGAGACAUUGAUGAGGUUAUGCGUCAAAAUAACGGGACCUUUUUGCACCCAACUUUGGGCGAACACGCAAUCCGAUUACAACUCUUGAGGAAGCGAACACCAGGUGGCCGAGCUUCCAAACCGUGGAAGAUGUUGGAGCGCAUCCAGGAGACAGCGGCGAAUCGCCGUAACCUCCUGGAGUUGCACCCGGCCAGGCCAGCGCACGCGUCUAUUUUAGAGUUCUGGGAUGGCUUUGCCGCGCUGAAGAAUAGUAUGACCAAUUUUCGAUAUACAAUACUUUCCGCCGACUUGUACAAAGCUGCUAAAUCGACGGCGGGACGAGGUUUUGACGUGCGCUCAAGCGAGGGGCAAGCGCCCCGUGCUCCUCUUACAGCUGCAAAGGCGCUCGAGGAAGGUGGAGGGCUGCCAAGCCCCAUUCUCAUUCGAAGAGCGACGCUCUUUGCUGCAUUCUCAGCUGCGCCGGACACUGUCGCUCUAGGGAAAAUAUUGGAGGGUAAGCUCGGCGACAGCAAUUUGAGGAUAAUAUGCGCUCCGAUGCACACUGUGAUGAGGACGCUCAAGAUUCAUCUCAGCCUCAUCCAGAGCGUUGGCAUUGGGACAGCGCCUGACGGGCCAGGCGCGAAGGAGUCUCUUGAUAUAUAUGCAAUGAACCAGAAGGCCCUAAUCAACAGCCACUUACUCAUGAAGGACGAGUCGAAUCCUGGAGACCGUAUCUCCAUGGACUUGAACGGCGAAUCUAUUCGACUCGUCUUUAAUCGGUGGCCUGAUUUGGUUGGAGAGUUUUUGAGCCGGGUUCAAGCACUCCUUCCCAUAUUGGCGACCUGGACGACGAAGCUUAUCUACAGCCACGAGCUCCCUACGGCUCGCUCUCGCUUGGCGUUAUGGUGUCUCACAUAUGCCGAAAUUACCGUGGCUCGAAUCAUGGACGACCAGCUUCGGGCAACGCAGACCAAAGACCGCAAGAACGUGGUCGUCUGCAAUCAUGCCCAUGUGAAAGUUGCACACCUUCCACAGCUUCACGAAGCCUUCGAUGUACCUCUAAUUGACCUAUCGGAAGAGGCUGGUGAACGGCUUCAAAAGCCGAAUAAGGAGAGUAUGUACAAUAGGAGUGACCGGAAAACUGACCAGGUUGACACAAUGAUCAGGGAGGAAUUCUACCGGGAGAAGGGGAUGAUUGAGUACGGGAUGAGGAUAACGGAUCCCCACACAGGCCAGCCCAAGCAUCAUAAUGCCUUUCAGGAAACAGUGGAAACUAAUGUAAUAUAUUAUGGCUGCUUCUACAAUUUUGAUCAACCUGCGCGCUUCAAUUUUGUCUCUCUUUUGGGCAACCUGGCUAUGGGUCCCAGCGACUUGUUGGCUGAUCAAGCUUACAUAUAUUUGAGAGAUCAAAGUCCGAUUGAGUCCACGGAGUCUCCGGUGGCGCAGAUGAACCUCCUCCAGCUUCCUCCCAAGAAGCCUUGCAAAUGCACUUGCUUAUGCCAGUGCGUACAGGGGUGCGCAAAGGCAUGGCCUUGCAGAUGCAAGUGUCGGGAUGAUUGCCGUGACUGUGCACACGGCAAGGCAACGGCUGACUGUAGCUGCUUAUCAUACCCACUUGUGGUCCUCCUAACGGGAAAAGGCGCAGGUACUGAUCAAUAUCUGCAUGUCCGCUUUUGCGAGAGCGGCGACCAAACAACCUGCAGCGCGCAUAUACCCGCCCUGGUUAGUUAUUUGCGGGGCUCGAAUGCUCUCCCCAGCCCUGGCAGGCUUAUUCCCGCCAAGGACUAUAUCCUCGGCCAGCUAGCGACCCUCUGUAACGCUGCCGCGCGCCGGUUCAGACAACGCAACCUUGUGAAGCUUGGGUUGGAAGCACGGGCUCGGUUGGCUGAAAGGGUUACUUUCGACUUCAACGAGCCAAUCACAGGGCCUCCGCAUGGUGGCACUCUGGUCACCAUUCGGGGUAGGGGUUUUGGAACUCUGUGCACAGCCGAAGGCGGCCGCAUUAGUGUGCGGGUCGGGGAUACUCUAGCCACGGACGUGACCAUCCUUGACGACACCAGUAUAACUAUUGUCACUCUGCCUGGCACCGGGGGUGAUCGGCCGGUGGUUAUUAUUCCCCCGGUCUUCGUCCGAUUGCAUCCGGGGGAUGAAGCAGGUCACUUGCUGGCCGGGCAAAGGAUUGAGCUAGCAACGCGCUUUUCUUUUGGAGGUCCCACUGUCCACCCUCUCCCUCCAGAUGUCCGCAUCCCCACUGAAGGUGGCCCCCUUUGCGUCACCGGCACCAAUCUGGACGAUCCGGACUGCCUCAUCUCGGCCGUUGUGCACGACCGCAGGGGCGCCAUUGUGGCGGAUCCGGAGCCCAUCGACGUCCAAGUAGCUGUUGCGACAAUCGGCGGAAUAAGGCUCCAUAUAGGGCCUGGUCCAGGCUCUCUGCGAAAGCUAGAGUUGCGAAAUAAACAUGGGACGACUUACUUCCGCAUGUCCUACCAAGGCCCCGAAGUCACAGCCGUCGAGGAGGGCCGCGAAUUGGGGACGGUGGGUGGUGCCAGAUUGACCCUAGAAGGGCGCAACUUUGGUCGGCAUGGGGACAUUGAGCACGUCACUAUCGGGACGGAUCGAUGCCGGUUCAAUCUGCUCGAAGACCACCGCAAGCUGCAAGUGACCGUCCCCUCGAGCUCUGGAGGACGGAUGCCUAUCCAAGUCACAGUUCGUGGGGCCCGUUCGCCUGUUCGAGACAAUAUCUUUGUCCAAUAUGCUGCUCCAGUGGUCAUAUCCUGUACACCUUCUGCAAAGCCGGGUGACGUCAUAAGUGUGACGGGUCGUCACCUCGGAUCAACUAUUGAUCAGAACUGUCAGGUCACCAUAGGCGGCAUCCUCUGCGAUUAUGCUCGCGUCACCCUGGCUCACGUGAAACUUGACUGUAGGGUACCGGAAGGCGAGGGCAGGAAUCAUUCUGUCCUAGUAUGCAUUUCUGGGCAGUGGUCCGCUCCCUCCACGGCCGUCUUCGCAUAUAAAGAGAAGCCGAAGCAAGGCUCGGCGAAGAGGCCCCAACUGGGUGCGGAGCUGCCGGUGGUGUUUUCCGAGGCGGAGAUUACAGGGGCUUGUCGGGUGAACGUGCAGUACCGGCUUAUGAGAUACUAUGCGGAUUACAAGGACGAAAGGGCUCGUAUGGACGCGUUUGGACAGCCUUUUGACAAGCGAAGCCAAGUGAAAGCUCAAGAGAAUCAUGACAAGGUAUUAGAUCGCCUCGUCAAAGUGGAGAAGCCCGCUAGAAGUGAUAUAUGGGCGAGCAUGAGGCACGCGUGGGAGCAAGAGAAAGCUCGCCGGGGGCUACUUCAACGAGAUAAAGAGGCCCCGAGUUCGUCAAAACGGCAGCGUAAGGAGUAG